CUUAGUUGCAGACGAGGCAAUUCUAUCUGCCACGUCACGACUGCGUGUGAUACCUAAAUCCUGACCACUUCUUUUAUUAAUCCCCCUUUUUUAACUGAUACGCUGUAUUCUCAAAAUUCAUUUUCUAAAUUCCCAUUGGCUUUCGCUGUCUCCUUUUUCUAUAUAAAGCCUACAGCCAGGCUCUUCGCAGGCUCUCUCCUCUUCUUAGUUAUACUAGACAGAUUAUCGAUAGAUCAAUAGAAUUUCAUAAUAGUUUUUUUUUAGAAAAAAAAGUUUUGAGUUGGGUUUUUGAAAAUGAGAAUCUAUUCAGAUUCUGAUGGAUUCCAUCGAUUUCACGAGGCCGGAAAAGGCCACGCGCCGGCCGCCGACUUGCAGAUCGUGACGUCGGAUGGGCACAGGAUCGCUGCACACUCGAACGUUAUCGCUUCAGCGUCGCCGGUGCUGGAAAACACGGUCUACAAACGCAGAAAGAACUGGAGCUCCGAAAGGGUGAUCCACAUUCUCGGCGUUCGUUCCAACGUUGUUUUCGCAUUUCUACAGUUUAUAUACUCUUCUUUCAGCACUGCGUUAUCGUCUGCUGAAGCCAAGGAGACAAUGGAGAAAUACGGGAUACAGCUGCUGGUCCUCGCGCACAAGUACAGGAUCGACUGGCUGAAGAAAGCAUGCGAGGCUGAAAUUAUCAGAAAUCUGAAGCCAGAAUCAGCCGUCGACAUUCUCCAAAUCGCAAGGUUAUGCGACUCCCCGAGACUCUGCCAGCGCUGCUUCACCCUCAUAUCCAAUGAAUUCCCAUCAGUGCAGAAAUCCGACGCCUGGCGCUUCGUUCACCUGAACGAUCCCAGGCUAGAAAUCGAGAUCCUCCAGUUCGUCGAGCAAAGUGAACAGAGAAGAAAGCGGUGGAGGAGAGCGCGAUCAGACAGGGAGAUGUACGAGCAGCUCAGCGAGGCAAUGGAGUGUUUGCGCCACAUUUGUAUCGAGGGGUGCUCGAAUGUGGGCCCCACGAUAGAUCGCCGCCCAGGAGGGGCGAGGCGGGGGGGGCCGUGCGAGAAGUUCGGGUGUUGCGAGGGGCUGCAGCUGCUCAUUCGGCACUUUGCUACGUGCAGCAUCAGGAAGAACUCCGGUGGUUGUUCGCACUGCAGACGGAUGAGGCAGCUGUUUCGGCUGCACUCGUCGUUGUGUGAUGUGGGGGAGUCCUGCAGUGUUCCUCUUUGCAAGCAAUUCAAAUUGAGGAUUCAAAUGGAUGGUAAAGGAGAUGAUGCAACAUGGAGGCUUUUAGUGAAGAAAGUAGCUGUUGCGAGAGUUAUGUGCUCUUUGGCCAGAAGGAAGAGACCUCAAGAGCUCCGAAAUUUACGGGCAAAAUCAUACGGAGGCAUGAGAUUUACAUAGUUUGUGACUUUGAUCUUUCUUUUUCUUUUGAAAAUAUGUAUAUUUCCAUCAUGAUUUAUUUAUUUUUUUACUUUCUUCUUGUAUUCUUUGUAGCUUAACAUGUACUUUGUAUGAUAUGGAUGGAAUAAAGAUUACAAACUUGGCUA